AUGCGGGCCCUGCGGGGCGGGGGGUAUUUGCUCAAGCAUUUCUCGUCCUUUCGGGCCCCGCAUCUUCGCUUUUUCUGCGUGCAGGACCGCCUGACGCGGUUUCGCGAGCAGCCGCUGCGGAUGCCCCACCUCACGUGGCGCCCGCAGAACCGCGACUUCCGCGCGGCGGACCUCCUCAAGGACGACGCGCAGGAGGCCCACGCGCUGAAUUUGAUCCACCUGCAGACGGCCCGCCGCGGCGUCGACCUCGCGCCGGGGCUUUUUAAGCGGAAGGGCGGGCGCCCCGUCGACCACGGGGGGCGGCCGAUCCCGCCCGAGCGCUGCGCCGUCCUGAUCUUCCACGCGAAAACCCUCGGGCUGAGUUUUCUCAGCCAGGAGGAUCAGGACCUGUGGAUGAACGGCUUCGCGGCGAUUAUCCAGCGCAAUCAGCUCUACAAUACGUAG